GACCUAAAAUCUCUCAUAGUCUUCUUCUCCAACCUCCUUUGUUCCUCUCUUCGGUUUUUCUGUUUCAAGUCUUCCUCUUCUUUUUCUUUUUUGGAUUUGUUUUUUGGUAUCUUCUGCAACAUUGUCAAGGUGUGAGUGAAGAAGGAAAGAGAUCAUGGCGGGAGGUGUGGUUAUUUCCGCCAACGGGGCGGGCAAGGACUACCCUGGAAAGCUUACUAUGUACGUCGUCUUGGCUUGUAUCAUUGCCGCUUCUGGUGGUCUAAUUUUUGGUUACGAUAUUGGUAUUUCUGGUGGAGUGACAUCUAUGGAUUCUUUUCUGUCAAAGUUCUUCCCCUCUGUGUAUCAUAAGGAGAAAGGUGAUAAGUCCACGAAUCAGUAUUGUAAAUUUGACAGUCAGAUUCUCACAAUGUUUACUUCCUCUUUGUACCUCGCUGCUCUGGUGGCGUCGGUUUGUGCGUCCACUGUCACGAGAAAAUUUGGUCGGAAAAUUUCCAUGUUAUUUGGAGGUGUGGUUUUCUUCGCCGGAGCUGGUAUCAAUGCAGGUGCUAAGGAUGUCGCCAUGCUUAUUAUCGGUCGUAUACUACUCGGUAUUGGUAUUGGAUUUGCUAAUCAGUCUGUACCACUCUACCUCUCCGAGAUGGCUCCCUACAAGUUUCGUGGUGCACUCAACAUUGGGUUUCAACUUAUGAUCACUCUGGGUAUACUCUUCGCUAACCUGAUUAACUACUUUACGGCUAAGAUUGAGGGAGGAUGGGGUUGGCGUGUGAGCUUGGGCGGCGCCGCUGUCCCUGCUGCCAUCAUCACCAUUGGAUCUAUUUUCCUCCCAGAUACCCCAAACUCCCUCAUUGAGAGAAGCUCGAGAGAGGUUGCCAAAGAGAAGCUCCAAAAAAUCCGUGGCACACCCGAUGUGGAUGAUGAGUUUGAAGACUUGGUUGCUGCUAGCGAAGCAUCAAAGAAGGUGGAGCACCCAUGGAGAAACAUCUUAGAGCCGAAAUACAGACCCCACCUCACCAUGGCCAUCAUGAUCCCCUUCUUCCAGCAACUUACCGGGAUCAAUGUGAUCAUGUUUUACGCUCCUGUACUGUUCAAAACAAUUGGCUUUGGAGACAACGCGUCUCUUAUGUCUGCUGUGAUCACCGGUAUGGUUAACGUCCUAGCGACAUUCGUCUCCAUUAUGUUGGCUGAUAACUGGGGCAGAAGAAAGCUCUUCAUGGAGGGCGGAAUCCAAAUGUUCAUCUGCCAGAUCGCAGUGGCAAUUCUGAUAGGUAUGAAAUUCGGUACUAGUGGACAAGCGGAUCAUCUGUCCAAGGGAUACGCCAUUAUUGUUGUGUUGUUCAUUUGCAUCUAUGUGUCCGGGUUCGCCUGGUCAUGGGGUCCGUUGGGAUGGUUGGUGCCCAGUGAAAUAUUCCCAUUGGAGAUAAGAUCUGCAGCACAGAGUAUCAAUGUUGCAACGAACAUGAUCUUCACCUUCAUUAUAGCACAGGUGUUCUUGACUAUGCUGUGCCAUUUGAAAUUCGGGCUCUUCUUCUUCUUUGCUGGUUGGGUUUUCGUUAUGACCAUCUUCAUCUACUUCUUAUUGCCUGAGACUAAGGGGGUUCCCAUUGAAGAGAUGUCACGAGUGUGGAAGCGACACUGGUACUGGGGAAAGUACAUUCCUGAUGAAGAUGUGAUUGGGGGUUACGAAAUGGAGACUGGUCGCCCAGUGAAGAGCAUCGACUGAUUAAUUUCUACUUUUUUUUUUUUUGGAAGGAUUCUAUUCUCAAAUUGUCUUGGUAAAUAUCUGUUUGGAUUAAGGUUUUAUUAUAGGAAACCUUUUUAUUUUAGAAAUGAAAUCAAAAAUAGAUUGUUUUAUA